AUGGCCACCGUUUUUAUUCAACCUCCACUGAAAGAGAAAGAGGGAGCCGUUGUCACUACGGGGACAUUAACCAGCAGCCGCAGCCCAUCUGAUUCGAAGGAGAAUGUUCAUGUAUCAGCUACUGGACUCAAUCUCGGUGUCCCUGCCAAUGAAAAAAGGUUCUGGUGGCAGAGAGGUCGAGGUUAUGACCCCGACGUCAUCGCGACGCUGCCAUCUGUAUUUGACGACCCGGAAACCGCCAAACAUUAUCAGCCUCGUGCUGACUGGGAGAAUCUCCGCCGAUUCGAUCCUUUGGCAAGAUGGACAUGGCGGGAGGAGUACGCCGUCCUGCGAAAAAUUGACAUCCGGAUCAUGAUCUUUGCUUGCGUCAUGUUCAUGUCCUUGGAGUUGGACCGAUCAAACUUGACCCAGGCGGUCACCGACAACUUCCUCGGCGACCUGGGGAUGGACACAAACGGUACGUUGUGUCCACAGCUUCGAAGAAUUAUGUGCUGA